GCGGCCUCCCUCUGCCCUAAUAUGCCACGUGAUGGCGCAGGCGCUGAAACUGUCAGCUUUGUUACCAUGGCUCCGGCACCAACGGAGGAGCAGAAGCUGCUGUAUUCCAAUGUUGGCGCCUCGCCGGGCAGCCAGCUCAGCUUAGAACAGCAGCCAACUGGUGGCGACGACUUUGGGAUGAAUAAGAUUACCCUGACCUCAAUGGACCCCGAGGAGGUUAUGAUUAAUCUGAACGAUCCACAGAAAUCGAUAGCCAGCGUGGACGAAAUUAAGCAAGCGUCCAGUCCAGGCACCAUGCUUCUCUUGUUUGUCGUUUUCAUCACCUUCUUUGUGGGCGGAUGCGUGGGCAUUGUGUGUGUGAAAGCGAAGAACCGCCUGGAUGGUCAAAUGGACGACAGCCACCACAAUAACUUUGGCAAGCCUAUACAAUUUAAAACCCAGAAUACCGGCAAGGACAUCAAUCUGCUGAUGGGCUCCAAUCCCUAUGUCACCACACAGAAAACGCCGAAUUUGGAUAUUGAAAAGGAUCGUAGUCAUGAGUGCAAAAACUCCACAGAACAUUUGGAAAAGGAGCUGCCCUGCAAGACGUCCACGCUGACGAAAGUGAAACGCACUUACAUUUAAUGUGGAAGCAGCAGCCGUAGCAGAUCCCUCUGCAAAAUUAGUCGAAUUUCUCUAUAUAUUCUAUAACAUAUUUUCGUUGUUUAUGUUGCUCUGUUAGUUGUACGAGUAGUAACCCCCCCACCACAUCCCGCGAACGGAACAGACAACAGCUUCGGGGAUGCGUUUGAAACGCGUCUCAAGAGUACGGCGCAGAAGCUGUUGCACCAUUUUUUAUAUGUUAGCGUCACUAAUAUAAUUUAAUUGUAUGUAUUAAUUGUUUAAGUUAUCUCUACCGACGCACAAAAGUUACUGAAUUCGUCGCCUUGAUUCAUAUUCUCGAUGGCCAUUUUGUCAUUCCUUGAGUUUUCUUGUGUCUGAUUUUUAAAUGGAUAAGAACGUUUGAUUAGCGCGCUUCUUUCUGAUUGAUUACCAUCUAACUUAUCAUAUAGUCUUAUGUUAAUAUUAUUUUUACGUUCGGUGAAUAAAGACGCGCAGGUUAAACUAAUAGCU